GUCUAUCACGGCCCGCCCGUGUGAUGUACAAUUUUCCCUUGUUCUUGCUGCUGUCAGUUUUCUCCCUACCUCACGGCUCACGCUUACUCCUGUCCGCCCACCCCCUCGUGUUGCCCAAGUGCGACGUGCCACGGACUUACACGGAUCCUUGUCUGCAUCUUUCCCUGUGACGUCGCCAGCUCCCAACGGACCUUGGCUUUAGGUCGCAGCGGGCUUUUUUCUUUUUCCUCGGCGGCUUGACUUGGAGAUUCUCUUCAAGUGAGAGGAGACUCGAGUUGAACCUCUCUUCCUCUCUUUCACCGACGACUUCACCCUCGACCCUGUAAUACCCUCACCCUCCACUGGUACACUGCGGUGGAACCCUUACACAUCCAAAUCACACAAUGUUCUUCUCAAGAAGACUAUUCGCCGGCCUGACGGCGUUGGCAACAACAGCUUCAGCGCAGACGUAUUCAUCGUGUAACCCCCUCCAACAAACAACAUGUCCCGCCGACACAGCUCUCGGCAUGGCCAUCCACGUCGACUUCACCCAGGGCGCCGUCAACUCCUUCGCCGCCUCAGGUAACCCAACCUACGGCUCCGACGGCGUGACCUUCAGCGUCGCCGCCUCGGGCCAGGCGCCCCAGCUCAUGUCCCUCUUCUACAUCAUGUUCGGCCGCGUCGAAAUCACCCUGAAAGCCGCCACCGGCGCCGGCAUCGUCAGCUCCCUCGUCCUACAGUCCGACACCCUCGACGAGAUCGACAUGGAGUGGCUCGGCGCCGACCCGACAGAGGUGCAGUCAAACUACUUUGGUAAAGGCGACGUGACGACCUACAACCGCGGCCAGUUCCACCAGACCAGCAAGAACAACCAGGAGAACUUCAUGAAGUACACCAUCGACUGGACCUCGGAGCGCAUCGUCUUCUCCGUCGACGGCACCGUCGUCCGCACCUUGAAGGAAUCCGAGGCCGACACAAACCAGUACCCGCAGUCGCCGAUGCAGGUCAAGUUCGGCUCCUGGUCCGGCGGCGACCCGGCCAACGCCGGCGGCACGAUCGACUGGGCCCGCGGACCGACGGACUUCUCCAAGGGGCCCUUCCACAUGGUCGUCAAGGACGUCUCGAUCACGGACUACUCGACGGGUAAGGAGUACAAGUACACCGACACCACGGGCAACUGGGGCUCCAUCCAGGCCGUCGACGGCCAGGUCAACGGGAACCUGGGGAAGGCGAGCCAGGUCACCUACACCGCCAGCGCGGCCGCCGAGACGGGUUCUCCCGCGCCCACGGUGCCCCGCGGCGGUAUCGGCGCCGACGAGUCGGCUUCCGCUACGCAGACGGGUUGGCCUUGGGUCGCGAGCGCGAGACCUACGGGCGGUUCAGUGCCGGACGGGUGGCGCAUGACGUCCGAGGGCAAGAUUAUUCCCGACGGCGCGGGCAGCUCGGUGCGGCCUUCCUGUCUGGUCUUGGUGGUGUCGUUUAUCGUUGGUGUUUUCGCUUUGAUGGGGCGGUAGAAGAAGAUGUCAUGAUACCCUCUCCCCCUCCGCCUUGAGAGGUGAAUUUUUUUCUGGAAUUGUUUUACAUGAUGUAAUGGAUGUAUGUGGUGGAGGAACAUUUGCUGGUUUUUGGAGGCACGAUAUUAGAAAAAUGGACGGCUCACCUUGAAAAAGGGCCUAUGCAUUGGACGGCGUUUGGGGAGCAUCAAGGGACGGGAAACCAUACGAAUUGGAUUUGAAACGUAUAAGACGCAUUACUUUUGUAAAUAGAAUAGACGCAG